AUGCGUACUGUGAAACAUCAUCCUAACGACAAACCAUGGAUUACUCCUGUUAUUAAAGAAUCUAUUAAGAAACGCCAACAAGCUUGGUUGAAUAAUGACUUACACCAAUAUAAUGUUUAUCGCAAUAAAGUGAUAAAACUCUGCAAGAGAGCACGCCAAAGAUUCUACAAUGACAAAAUUAAUCACAUGUAUGAGAGUAAUCCUAAAAAGUGGUGGGACGGAAUCAAGCUGUUGUCUGGACUUUCUAAUCCUCCCCCGUUAACAAGCUUAGCCGUAAAUGGCACUGUUUUGAAGGACUUCGAUCUUGCUGUCGCUAUUAACGAAUCCUUUUGCAGUGUUGCUGCUGAUAUACCACAACUAAACUUUACUCCCAUACCUGUUUCCAACAUUCCUGAUGAGUACAUUAUUAUCCGUGAUGCCGUUGAACUUGCUUUGGUGGCUGUCCAAGAUCGCAAGUCUGUAGGAUCUGACGAGAUUCCCAAUUGGCUCUUGAAAACCUGCGCCACAACUAUUAGCAUCCCUGUGUGUUCCAUGUUUAACUCUUCUAUUAGAGAAGGACGUGUCCCCGAGCAGUGGAAAUGUCCUCCCGUUGGGGAAGACCGAAGUCUAUUGAUACGGAGCUUAGACCUAUAUCUCUAA